GUGUGAAUAGAUCCUACGACAGAAUGCAUUAGUCGUGCUAGGCGAAACGAACCGUGGAAAUGUGUCUUCUCGUUUUCAGGGUGGUUUUUCUGAUAUCCUUGAUUAGACUCUCAAGAGGACAUCACAAGGGCGAUUUCACAAAAUUGAACACCCUGCAUGAGGAGAAGAAACUAGAACCGGGGGACAUCCUCGCCAGUGACAUCAACAAUAACCUCCAUCUCAUCGGCCACAACGAGGUGUUUAAAAUGCCGGACAGGGUAAACAAUUUCAGGUAUGACGUCGUCUGGUACUCUUUUAAGCUCCCUCUGACUGCCGCGCGGAACGAGGGACUCAAUGUAAGGAAAAUCGGUAGAGCCAAGGAUCCUGCUAGAAGCAUAGCGCUAGUAAAACAACUAGUAGGUUACUACGUGCCGUACCACUUUUACCGCUGCACGAAGGAGAUGUACUGGAACUACCUCUUCUGGGAAGAGCAGCCCCGGUUUCGGGUCCCAAGACGCGUGAUGCGGUCGUGCCCUCUAGCGGAGCCUUUGCACAAAUGGAGAACUCAAUCUAUCGAGGCCGGUUGCUUUAAGUUUAAGGACUAUAUGGGUCGUGAGGUCAGUCUUCGUAAUAUUUCUUCGGAGCGAACCAGAUGCUGUUGCAUAGGCAAAUUUUGUUGGAUUUGUGGGGGGGACGAUAGACCCCGUAAGAAACUACUUGGAGCGUCUGCCUCUUCUAUGAACGAAAGAAAGUAUCUGUCGUUUUCAUCUGUCGCCGAGAGCGAUGUAACUUAUCGAUCGAUUUCAUCUGCCGCGAUGAAUGAAGGGAAAUCUCCACCGACGUCAUCCGCCCUGGCUAGAAAUAUUUCCAUACGCUAGAGUACCUGUGAAAAGAUAAUUUUUGUCGAAUGAAAAAAUGAAAAUGUUCAUUAAGCUUUGAAUUAGAAAUAUUUUGUGACUCGAUGAAUAUACAGGGUGUCCCAGGAUUAAGUACGAAUAUUGAAGGAGUCGAUUCUUUGGGUCAAAGGAAGACGUGUUAGUGGUAUACAAUUUUUUCGAAAAACGCUGGGGUCCAUUAUCCCUCUAUUAUCAGCUCCUAUUAGUCCCUAUUAUCUCUAAAACGAUGAGUUAUAGCGAAAAAACGCAAGACAUUUUCGCAAUAUUUUUCAACGCUAAAUCUUAUGGUGCCGUCAAAAAUCAAUUUUUGUCGCUAGAAACAUUAAUUUUGGGCACCUUUAGUCCAGUACCCCCCCUACCCCCCCAAUGAUUUUUACCUUGUUUGGAGGUCAAAAAUUAAAAGAACGCUAAAAAUUACUUCAAGUUACCAUUUUUCAUCAAUAUUGAUUGAUAAAUAUUGCUGCAGUGUCAAGAAGUCGAUUUUUUUCCUCCAAUUUUGGGGAGUCGCGGCGCCCAGGGAAAGCGUUUUUGGAAUAAAAAAAUUAUACCACAAAAACGCCUUUUUGUGACCCAAAGAAUCGACUCCUUCAAUAUUCGUAUUUAAUCUUGGGACAUUCUGUAUAACCGGACACCCGGUUAGCAACAUACUGCGAAUUCGUCAGAGCACGGAUACAUACGAUAGGCAGCGGUUGAGGAGGUUGCACCGUCCACAGGAAAAAUGCCGUAAAUCCUAUCAAGACUCAACAUUUUUCUUGCACGCAUACUGUUCUAUUACGAGAAAACCUGAUCACCAUGAUGCUUCAUUUUGUCUCAAUGGUAAGUCGCACUCAUUUUAAAAUUAUGGAUGAAUUGACGUUGGUCUCUCGGUAAUAAAACAUUUCGUCAGUAACAAGCUGAAAAAAUCCUGAAUUGAGUCACGGCGUUGUUGCUGAAGACGGCAGUGGUGUACAUAUACGUAGUGGUGUUCAUAAAUUAGGAUUUCACUAUUAUUCUUCGAUGUAGUGAUCAAUAAUUUUACAUGUUAAGGCUGAACGUAAAACAUUGUUUGAGCUUCCGUCUCUCUGUAGGGCGCUGAUUGCACUCCGCCGUUUUCUAUUCACCAUUUUUUUUUUUUAUUCUACAAAAGAGUUUACAAAGAGUAUACAAAAUGAAAAUUACAUGCGAAAAUGACAAUAAAUUGGCAGGGAUAUUAAGACAAAUUUAAGAUUCUACAGCAGAAAAACAUGAGGACAUUAAGACAGCAGAUCAGGCCCAAAAGAGUGUGAUAAAAUAGAAGACUUUAAAUGAAGACAGCCAAUGAUUAGAGAGCAUGUAGGAAGACUGGAGGUAGUGCAGGUUAAGGCAUUAAACAAAGCGUAGAGAGACAUUUAGAGCCAGAAAGUAAAGUCUGAGAGAGCUAAGUAAGGACCUUACCAUUCACCAUUCCGUUAUUCACCAUUUGGACGUAUUUCUGUCAAACGGAACUAAGCGCCAUAGGGAGAGGAAGGUAGGGGGGGCUUCGAUUGGCGACGGAAUCGGGUGUCGGGUUCAUUCCGUCCUAUACUCGCAAUGCUUUUCCAUGGGCUUAGUUCCGUUUAACAGAACGCGCUAUCCGGCAUUCUAAAUUCUUCCAAAGGAACUCAAAUUGGCGCUUAGAUCCGUUUGGCAGAAAUACGUCCAUUUCAAGGUCGCAAAACUGACUCAAACAAUACAAUUUUUGUUAGGAUGACUGAGUAGUCUCACUAGUCUCAGUCUAAUAUGUUUCCAAUUUUUGUGUGUCACUAGAAUACAUUUUCAGUUAGAAAUGCCAAAUAGUUCCCCCGAAAAUAACGAUUGAUGAGGGAACUUUUACAACGUUCACGCUCUGCCGUCUGGGUAACGACGAUUCGGACGUAUUUAUGCUAAAAGGAACUAUGUACAUAGGGAUUGCGUGAGACAUAGUUCCUUUUGGCAUAAAUACGUUCAUUUGUCCCAUUGACCCUUCGCCAAGUCACCGGGGACCCUCGAGAGCUUAAGGACUCCUCAAGUAAUUUACUUUUGCACUUGGUGCAGCAUUCCAUGAUUUACUCGAUUACAAUUGAUAAU